AUGCUACGCUCUCUAUUUCUUUUGGUAUUCCUUGCUUACGCCAGUUUCGCCUUACGCCAACAAGCUGUUGGCGUUACUGGUAAAUUGAUGUGCGGCGAUAAGCCAGCUUCUGGAGUAACCGUAAAGUUAUGGGAUGAAGAUGAUGGGCCGGAUCCUGAUGACCUACUUGCUGAAGGUGUAACGAAUGCCAACGGAGAGUUUACGCUACAGGGUUCGGAAAGCGAGGCUACAAAUAUCGAUCCUGUAUUUAAGAUCUAUCAUGAUUGUGACGAUUGGAUAAAGAAGCACCGGAAAGCUUUUCAGCCUGGACAGCGCAAAGUGAAGUUCCGCAUCCCUAGCCAAUACAUCUCACCUGGAGGCCUACCUAAACGACUAUUCAACAUCGGUGUGCUCAACCUGGAAACUAUUUUCCCGAAGGAAGAAAGAAAAUUCUGGGGAGCUAAAUAA